AUGACUUCUGCCGCUUCCGCCGUAGGAGAGAUACUUCGACAACCUGAUGACUUAGUCAAGCUCGCGGCAUAUCGCAAAAAGUUACUCAAGGAGAAAUCUGCUCUCGAUGCUAAACUUGCCGAUGGGGUCAAGGCGCAACUGGACGCAACGAGGGAGGCCCUGCUCAAGCUUCAAUCGAGCAGAGCGGCGGUGGGUUUAGUGAGGGAGGAGAUGGUAGCUGUGGAGAAGCUCAAGGGAGGUUCGGCAGGGGAUUCAGCUGCUGCGUUUGAUAGGAUCACUAGGGUAUCAACGAUCCAUCGUAACUUGGCACAAGUAACGAAAAUGGUCAAUAACCUCAGAUCAAUGUCAGAUAAAGUAGAUCAUAUUGCCUCUUUGCUCGAUUCCGACAAAAAUCAUCCCAUGGGAUCAUGUGGACCUUCACCUAAUUUACUCAUCAUCCAUUUUCAACUUCAACAACUGGAAGGUUUCAGAAAUGAAACGUUACAUCAGGCUAAAAAGUCUGAUGCGGGAGAGAGGGAGGUUUUGAUCAAAUUGUUCGAGAAAUUGGACAAGGUCGGAGCGGAUUUUGAGGGAUGGUUAUGGGAACUAGGGGGGAAUAUCGUGGAAUUGGCUAGGAGAGGGAAUGGAGGGACUGUGGUGAGAUUAUUGAAGGUGAUCGAGGUUGAAGGGAAGGAAGACGAAAAGGCCGUCGCCAUGCGUCUAGUUCGCAAAGUCGCAAGUUCCGACGCUGCAUCAAAGUUCAAAUCCAUGCAAGCCAACGCUCGAGUGAUAAAAAAUUAUCGUCACAAAUUGCAAGACACAAUGACUUCCUCUAUCAAAUCCUCAUUCGAAGGACAUUUAAAAGAAUGUAACACUGAUUAUCUCUCCUUCAUCGAAGGUUUGUCUUGGAUCUAUAAAGAUAUCAUACGUAUCAAAGAUGACGUGGAACCUCUUUUCCCUACCGAUUACGAAAUCUACCCUUUUCUCGUCAAAGCGUAUCACAAAUCACUGAACGAGACUUUACGAACAAUCGUCGAUUCUGCUCCCGAGGCGAAAGUUCUUUUGGAAUUACAUGCUUGGAUCAAAGAAUAUCGUCAGAGUAUGAAAGAACUUGAAAUACCUUCCCCUUGGUUACAACCUCCAUUGUUGGAUGGAAAGAGUCAAGAUUUGAUAGAAGAUUACGUCAAACUUUUGAUCACGAAAUUAGAUGAAUGGACUGUGAAUUUGAUGAAACAAGAAACUGCGAAAUUCACUUGGAGAUCACAAGAACCUGAACAAUCUGAAGAUGGUCAAUUCGGUAUGGAAGGUGUGGUAGAUUUCUUUCAAUUGGUAAAUCAACAAUGUGAUUUAGCACUCGAUUCUAAUCAAGGAGCAGUCUUAGCUCGUGUGGUCACUGAAACGUCAAAAGUGAUGAGAAGAGUACAAGCGGAAUGGCUUAAAUUAGUAGCCGAUGAAUCACGUCUUCAAAUUGAAAAGAAACCAGAAGAAGUCGCUGGAGGUUUAGUUGAAUAUGUUAUGGCUUUAGCGAAUGAUCAAUUGAAAUCUGCCGAUUAUGUGGAAUCUUUAUCUGGAAGAUUAGAACCAUUAGUUUCUGAAAAAUAUAAAUCAGUCAUUAGUGAAAGGUUCAACGACGCUAUCGAUGGUUAUCUCGACGUGGCUAAAAAAUGUACUUCUUCAUUAGUCGAAUCCGUUUUCAACGAUGUUAAAAUAGCUACAAAAGGACUUAUAACACCGGUUUGGUACACGGAACAACUCAUGGAUCAAAUAAUCGAAACUAUGAGAGAUUAUAUGGGUGAUUAUCAAGUACAUUUAAAUCCUUCAAUUUUCGAUAUUCUCAUAGAAGAUUUAUUAGAUGCUUUUUUGAUCACUUAUCUCACCGCAUUGAGAAAAGCUCCUUUGAGAUCAUUGAGAAUGCCAGGUGCUGUACAGAAGAUUCAACAGGAUAUUUCUAAAGCUUUUGAAUUUUUCAGUGAAUUUAAACCUCCGAAAGAAUUAGAAACGAAUUUUGAAGUAAUGGAUAUGGUAGUGGCUAUGCUCGGAGCGAGUCAAGAUAUGGUUUUUAUGGAUUAUUGGAGUUUCGCAAAGAUACAUGGACCUCAAAUGCAAUUUGUAGAAGCGGUUUUAAGAGCUAGAGAUGAUUGGGAUAGAGCGACUUGUAAUGAGGUUAUGGAGACUUUGAGGAGGAAAGUUAGAGAGGAAGGGAUUGGUGAUCCUGAAGAACCGACUAUAAUGGUAAAAGUACAAGGAAGUAGUGCCGGUUUAUUAUCCAACUUAUCCAACUUUGCAGGUACAUACGCCCCUGGCUUGAAGAAUAAUCUUCCUACUAGCUUUCCGGCCCAUUUGGCAGGUAACAUCAGGGACAAUAUCAAUAAACGUCUUGGUUGA